AGUCAAGUUUCUCUCUGUGGGCGGAGUCAGUGCGGCCUGAUCGGAUCUUAAACGCCUCGCACACACUGUCGAACACACUCUUUGUCUUCUGCUGCAGGAUGGAUCGAGGAUAUUCUUCAGGAUACUCCGGAUGGGGAGGUUCAGGAGGAUCAUCCAGAGGCACGGGCAGUUAUGACCUGUAUGGCUAUAAAGAACGUCUCUCCAGUGGAGAGGGAUAUGGAGGGGGUGGUUAUGGAGAUGAGCGCAUGAAGAGGGGUUUGUCUGGAUCAUCUCUGCUGUCCUCCUCGGGGUCGAACGCAGAUGCCGUUAUUGCCAAAAUCAACCAACGAUUGGACAUGCUGACACAGUUAGAGGGAGGGAUGAAAGGUGGAUCUCGUGGUGACAGGUUUGACCAAUACGAGUCUUUUGACUCGCGCUCCGCCUCCCUUGGCUCCCGUGAUCUCUUCAGGUCCAGUAACUUUGGUUACGGUGACUCCCGGGGUGACAUGAUGGCCCAGCGUGGCUUUGGGGCCAUGGGCGGAGGGGGCGGUGGCGGCUUUGACAGCGCCGCCUCUGCCUUUGGAUCUGCCAAAAUGUGGCAGAGUCGAGAUGCCUUCUCAGGCUCCAGCUGGGGGGCAGGGCAGAGAUCCCCGCGUAGGGGCGGAGCAUCAGGGGGGCGCGGCUACAGCCGCAAGCAGGACUCCUCUGUGGGGGGAGGAAGUGGGCGGGGUGGAGGCCAGGGCCGCUCCCCUGCAGGGCGAGGAAAGCUACCCUCGCUCCUGGCCCAUCGCAUGUACCCCGAGAGUGGGGCCUUCCAGUCUCAACAAAGCCGCCAGGACUUCCCUGUCAGGAACUUUGGAGGGGGCCCAAGGGCCAACCGACAGCGCGCCCGCAAGAAACCCCUCAACAGACAGCAAGUAAAGUCUCAACGCGAUGGACAGAAGAAAAGGAAACAGACUCUAAGGGCAGCGGGUGAGCCAGAGUCAAAGAUGGGCAAAACUGAAACCACAGGAGACAAGCAUGUCAACGAGGCAGCAUCUAGAGAUCAGAAACCGGAGUUGGAGGACGUAAAGACAACUGAUGACUCCAAACCAAGAGAUGAAGGAGAGAGUGCUGGUUCAUCCAAUCAGGAAGAGGGUGGUCAUUCCAAGAAAAAGGGAAAACAGACUCCGACCCCUGCAUCCAAAUUUAGAAAGAGGAGGGGCUUUUUUGAAAGGUCAGGGGUCAAAGUUUCUGCUCACAGGUUGAUGUUCGCGUGCUCCAUCUGCAAGUUCCGCUCGUUUUACAGCGAGGACAUGGCCACCCAUCUGGAGAGCAAGUUCCACAAAGAUCAUUUCAAGUUUUUGACCAAUCAGCUGUCAAAGCCCACCACCGACUUCCUACAGGAGUAUCUGAAUAAUAAGUAUAAGAAGACUGUGCAUAUGGUGAGUCAGAUGGAGAAUUACAGCGCCACCAUCUGUCAGGUGUUCAAAGAGCAAGAUCUGACACGAGAACUCGGUAUGGAGCAAUUCAUGAAGAAGGUGGAGGCGGCUCAUUGCUCAGCCUGUGACGUUUUCAUACCAAUGCAGUACCCGCUGAUUCAGAAACACCUGAAAUCAAACGACCAUAACUACAAUCGCAAGGGUAUGAUGGAGCAGUCAAAAAAAUCAAGUCUGUCUGUGGCUCGCAGCAUUCUCAACCACAAUGUCAUUGGCAAGAAACUGGAGAGCUUCCUAAAGGGUGAAAACCCAUUCAACAAUGACCAGGAUCCCGAGGACUCCAUGGUGAUGGACGUAUCAGAGUCCGAUUUGAACAGUGAAAGCCUGAAGGAGGCUAAUCAGGAAGAGGGGGGGGCUGCAGAGGAUGCAGAGCCUGCAGCAGGAACCUUAGGGAAUGGGGAGGGGCAUGAGGAAAUGGAGAUGGGUGGAGCCGAGGAGGAGGAGGAGGGUGUAGAGGUGGGCGAGGAGGAGGGUGUAGAGGUGGGCGAGGAGGAGGGUGUAGAGGCGGGCGAGGAGGAGGGUGUAGAGGCGGGCGAGGAGGGUGUAGAGGCGGGCGAGGAGGAGGCUGUGCUAGCUGAGCUUAGCGAGGCCAUAGACAAAGGACCAAAGGGCGAUUCUGAUGUUGAGACAGUCAAGUAAUUUUGACAUUUAAAGGGAUUGUUUACUCCCUGGCCCUUAAAAAAUAUAUAUAUAUAUUUUUUUUUUUCAUUCAGUUACUCAUUUCACUUCAAUCCUGUAUGGCUUGCUUGCUUCUGUGGAACAUAAAGGAGAUUAGGUAUCAUAUUCAGCCUCCAUCCUCAUUCCCUUUCAUUAAAUCUUUUUUUUCCAUGCAAUGAAAGAAAAUGUUAACUGAGACAAAGUCUUGAGGGUGAGUAGUACAUUGGUAGAAUUUUUGGGUGAAUAUUCCUGUAAAUAAAUGGGUAAUAUAGUGUCUAUUAGAAAAAUCACCCACCAUGCAAAGUGUUAUGAAAUGAAAACUGAGUUUGGGUCAGGGUGGCAAAUUAUCCCAAAAUGUGCUCUGCAGCCUGUGGACCAAUCAGAAUAAAGCCCUGUCUUGUGGUCAGCCAAUCGCUGGAUUGCCCCCACACACACACACACACACACACACACACACACACACAGCCUGUUUCCUAUUAUUAAAAAUGUGUGUUUGUGGAACGGCUCAUUUCAUAGUGAAUAUGUGACAGUUUAUAUGCCUUUUCAUAUGAUUUCAGACUUUGAGUUUGUCUUGAAAGUGAGUUGAACUUUUGUUUAAACUAGUCGGCACAAAUCUUUACAGGUUACGAUAUAGAUUUAUUUUACUUUCAUUCCCUUUGCUCUGUGUUUUAUUUGGUGGAUGUUAGAUCAGAAAUUAGAUUGUUCUGUAUGAUCUUAAAGUUUCUGCUUAUUUCUCUUCUGCUAGUAAAAUAAAUGUUUGUAAAAUUA